GUCUUUCCGUUUUUUCGUUUUCGACUUGUUGUCGCCACUGGGCACUGAACCAGCGCGGAAUGUGAACAAUACCAACCGCUGUCCCCUAGGUACUGAAGGCCGAACCGCUCGACUGCUCGAGCCCGUCAAAAUAAUGAUUAUGAAUUUAACGGUCGUUUACUCGUUAGUCGUGUUUCAAAAUCUCACAAAUUUUAAAUUAAGUAUCUUAUUAAAUUAGUUUAUGAUCAACACCAAAAAUGAAGAGAGUUGGGAAUCAACCAGCUAAAAUUCAAAAGAAGUAUAGAGUAGAAGAUGAUGCGAAAGAUCCUAUUCAAGUUUAUUGUCGAAUACGCCCUGUACAAUCCAAUUUAGAAUCGUCAUGUAUCAAAGUUGUAUCUGACACUGAAAUACAAAUAUAUUGCUCACCAGAUGAAAGAGGCAUUUCUAGAGAAGGACAAUUCAGUUACAAGAAAAUAUUUACUGAAUAUGAGUCCCAAGAAGUCGUCUUUCAAGAUAUGGCAUUGCCGCUCAUUGAACAACUUUUGACAGGAAAGAAUAGUUUAAUAUUUGCAUAUGGAAUAUCAGGUAGUGGCAAAUCAUAAACAAUGACUGGUAACCAAGAAGAUGGUGGUAUUGUUGGAAGAUGCUUUGAUGUCAUAUUCAAUUCUAUUCAAAAUUACCAAGCUAGAAGAUUUACUUUUAAACCCGAUAAACUUAAUGGAUUUGAUGUACAUAGUAUGGAAGACGUUUUGUUUUAUUCGUCUGAGGAAUUCAAAAACAAUGUUAAAAACCCUAUAAAAACAACAAAAAAAAGAGAUGGAGAUGCAGAUCGUAUACCAUUUAAUUAUAAAGUUACAGAUAUAGAACAAGAUGUAGCAUAUUCAGUGUUUAUAAGCUAUGUAGAAAUAUAUCAUAAUUAUGUUUAUGAUCUUUUAGAAGAUGUAUCUGAAGGAGAAAUAAGACGAAACAGUAAAAUAAUAAGAGAAGAUGCUAAUGGAAAUAUGUAUGUGCAUGGAGUAAAUGAACAAGAAGUAAAUAAUGCAGUUGAAGCUUUUGAAUGGUUAAGAAAAGGACAAUUAAGAAAGCGUACUGCGCCAACCUUUUUGAACAUGGACUCCAGUCGCAGUCAUACAGUUUUUACUAUUAGAGUUGUACAAGCACCUUUAGAUACUGAUGGUGUAAGUAUUAUUCAAGAUAAGAAGUAUACAGUUGUAAGUCAACUGUCUCUAGUUGAUUUAGCUGGAAGCGAACGAGCUGGGAAAGCAAAGACAACUGGACAAAGACUUCAAGAAGCUGGAGAAAUAAAUAAGUCACUAUCAAAUUUAAAACAAUGUCUUAAAAUAUUAUAUGAAAAUCAGUCUUCUAGCAAUUUAAGGAAUAUUGCUGAGAAAAUCCCAUACAGAACAUCUCGUCUUACACAUCUGUUCAAAAGUUUCUUUGAAGGUUCUGGUUCAAUCAGAAUGUUGAUUUGUGUUAACCCUACAUCUGAAUACACAGAGCUUUUGCCUGUAUUACAAUUUGGUGAAAUGUCUGGAAGUGUUCAAGUCAAACGAACAACCCCGUUACGUAUGGAUAUAGGUUUGACUCCAGGAAGAAGAAAAGUUAUUGAUAUUCAAUCUGUGAACCGCAUCCCGUGUGUAAUUGAAGAAGAUACUAGAUUUCCACAGGACAAUAAAAUUAAUUAUGAAUCAAAAGAAAACUGUUUUGGAAGUUAUUUUAAUUUGGGACCUCCGUUGCCAGAUUUAGAAGUAGAUGAUUUACUAGAUGAUGAGAAGAGACAACAACUAUGUACUGCUCUUGAUCAGAGAAUUAAAAAAAAGGAUGAACUUCGUGAAAUAUUGAUAAAUCAAAGUAAUGAUAUUCGAUCACAAAUAAUAUUUCUAGAGACCAAUUAUGCUGGUGCCAAACAAGAAAUAAAUUCUUUGCAAAUUCUGAGAGACCAAGAUACCAACAAAGUUAAGCAAUAUCAAAAUAAAUCAUUUUUGUUAGAAAAUGAAAUGGCAUCGUUAAAAAGAAAAUUAGAAUUUAUGGAUAAUGAAAAUAAAAGAUUAAAAUCAGAUUUAAAUGCAAAAGAUAACAUGCUGAAUCAAGUAUCAGUAGAUAAAGAUCUAUUAAAACAAAAGUAUAAUACAAAAAUUGUUAAAAAACAAGAACAGUUAUCCAGAGAGUUCAAGGAUAAAUGGAAGGUUCAAGAAAAUGAGUUUGAGGCAAAGUUACAAGAUAAGAAACGCAAAUUAAGACACAUCAAAAAUAUAGUGGAAAGCACAGAAAAUAUUCCUGGCCAUUUUUCCAGGCGUAUUGUAAAAAGAACCCUGUCUGAUGAAAGCUUAAACAAAAUACAGCCAGUUGUAAACAAUGAUAAACCCUCCGAUUCAAAACAAAAUGAGCCAUCACAAGCAACACUAAGAUACUUACGUUCAAGACGAUCUAAAUCAUGUGACCCACAUGAACGUUGGAUCGAACACAAACCUCCAGUGCCUACUGCUUUGCAAACUAUCAUGCAACCCAAGCUGAAGAAGCGCAAAUCCGUAACCAAGUUGACAGAUGCCAAAACAGUAUCAAACAAUGGUGCAUCAAAAUAUUGUUUAUUGACACAGGGAUCAGAUGAACAAGGCAUUCCAGAAGCUAAACUAUAUAAAGCUGAUAUUAUACAAACCAUGGGUGGAGGUGCUCAAGUGGUGUUUAAUGAUGUUGAAACACUGAAACAGGAUUCGCCUCUGGGUGGAUCCCCGGUGAAAAAUCGUAUCCAGGCAUAUAAUAAUGAACUAAAGGCUCAUAGAGGCGGUCCAGCUGAUGAUAUACAAGCAAAAUGUUAUGGAAUACAAGGAGGGUAUACUCCUUCAAGAAAAUAAUUUAAUAAAAUAUUAUUAUCCCCAUUACAAAGAAAAAUAUAUUAAAUGUAUAGAGAAUUGGCUAACGUAUGUGAUAUCAAUUUUAAAUUACUUUUUCUAUUAUUAUUUUAUAUAUAUUUAAAUGUAGAUUGUACAUAACAUUACUUUAAGAGUUUUAUGUAACUUACUAUUUGUAAACAGAUCAGAACAGGAAAUUGAUAUAGCUUAAUUUGACACUGUAAGGAAUCAAUUCCAUACGAAAUGCCAUCUCAAUAAUAGUUUCAGUUCUACUUCUAUGUCAAGUAUGAUUUGCUAUUUAUACAUUUGAAUGUUAACUUUUUUAUUCACUAUUCAAAUUGUUUUUUGUUUAUUUUUUUUUAAAUUUUUGUACUAUAGUUUUUUGGCAUUGUAUAACUAUUAUUAAUAACUAAGUUUUGCCUGCAGAAAUGUAGUGACUAGAUAAAAAAAUUUUUAUAAUAUAUCAUACUACAUUUUGUGUUUUAAA